AUGGCGAUCAACACGAUGCCCAGCUACAACCAGACACCGCUCUACGCCCCGAACGUCCACGUCCAGGCAGCGAAGUUGCCGGGCUACGCCGUCCCCACUAAGGCCCACGAGUACGCUGAAUACACGCCUGCGUUUGUGCAGAUCCCGUGGCAGGCCCAGCACGCACAGCAGCAGGCACAACGGAGCCAUACCCCGCAUUAUACCCCAGCAGAGUUCCAUCAAUCCACACACCCCGUCCAGCAGCAACAGCUGUUCCAGAACUACCUGCUCAACAGCACCAGGGCCUCUCCCGUGCCCGCCGUGCCCGCUGCCUACAUCCAGCACACUCACUCCCUCUCCCAUUCACACUCCCCGAUCUCUGCAUACAGCUCCAGCGCAAACUCGUCCUUCAGCUCGACGGCGACCACGCCGCCGCUCUGUAGCACCACCGUCUUCCCCAUCCGCAAACCAGCAUUCCAACCCCUCCCGCCAAGCAGCAAACCCGAGGAGCUCGACAGACGCCAGCUCCAACUCAAGCUCAAGCUCAAGGACCCCUUUGUGGCACCCUUCCCAUCUCGCUCAUCGUCGGCAAUAUCCACUCCCGUCUCUGCUCCCUCCUCCGCGUGCUCUGCCACAUUCUCCGCUGGCUCCUUGGCAGGCUCCGCUGGCAUUGGCAAAAUCGUCAAACCGAAAAAUAGGUCUGGGUUGCAAAAGCAGACUGGCUCAGCCAAACAGUUCAAACGACCUACCUCUGCGUCUGCCUCUUCUCUCGUUCCCGCUCCUACUCCAACUCCUUCCAGUGCGCAUGCGCCACUCUCGCAGUCUGCUGCAAACAAACAGUCGGAAAUAUCUCCAGACAUGUACGUCCCUGCGGACCCCUCGUUGGACAUUUCCGGUUUCACCGAGGAAGACAUCAUUAUCCUGAAAAACCUCCUGUCUUUUGCGGAAAUCCACAAAUGGAAGUACAUUUCCAACAAACUGUCGAAAACCAGAUCCAAAAAGCUCAAUGCCGAGUAUUGUAUUACUAAGUUUCACGCCAUGUAUGGUCUACCUUUCAGCCCUAAAAACUCUCUGCUACAUUCAAACUAUUUCCUUAAAAUAGACAAGGAGAGAAAGCCCGAAGAGGAAAGUUUCGAGGGCAUUCUCGGUUCCUCCAUCCCGUACAUUGUGUCCAAAGAUGGCUGGAACCUGAUCGAUGCAUGA